GAUGUCAGUUUGUUGCCAGAGAAUGAUUGUACUGUCACAGUACUGUGACUUCACAGAAUUAGAUUGUGAAACCCAACUGUGAAGGAAAAAUUCUUUAAGUGUAUGGUUUCGAUAAGUGGCAAGAGAAGUUAUGAAAAAUUCAUGAAAGUACCGGUUUCCUGAAGACCCGUAUUGUUCAGUACGUGUACUGUUUAGUGUAUGUACAAACUGCGCUAUGUACCAGGGAGCACCCUUGAGGGAAAGCACAGCCUGGGAAGGUGGAAGAUCAACUUCAUCUUUCUGGGCGGUGCCAUUGUACAGGUGUCCCAGCGAGGGAAGGUGGUGUUAGGCUGCCACCUGAGGAACACCUCCGCGAGGGAGCUGUGCUGUUUUAUCACUUUGGAAGAUCCAAUCCCUCUGUGGACCUUCUAAACAUCUUUUACUAGUAGAAACAUUAUUUCCUACAAAAUGAAGUCAGCGUCUUAAUUUAAACCAGCAUUUGUGUGGUUCUGACUUUACCUGCUAUGGUUUGUGAAGCUUGAGAUCUAAGGAGUACAGGGUCUUUUGUGAUGACAAUAUGACUAAUAGUAAAGGAAGAUCUAUUACCAGUAACACAAGUAGUGGUCCAAGUAGUGGAGGAGGUUUUGUAGACUGGACUUUAAGCUUAAAUACAAUUCAAUCUGAUAAGUUUUUAAACUUAUUGUUGAGUAUGGUUCCAGUAAUUUACCAGAAAAACCAGGAAGAUAGGCACAAAAAAACCAAUGGCAUUUGGCAAGAGGGAUUAUCAGCUGCAGCCCAGACUUUUAGUAAUCGAUCUGAGCAGCACAUGGAGUAUCACAGUUUCUCAGAGCCGCCUUUUCAUGGCAACAGUGGGCACGCACCGUCAGGCUGCAGCCCAAAGUAUGAUGACUAUGCCAGCUACAAUUACUGUGAUGCAAGGGACGCUGCGGAAACAGCUGCCAUGUUACAGAAUGAAGCUGCAUCUAGUGAUGGCGACGAAGAUGCCACUGUGGAAGUAAACCAGAAGUCACCAAAGGAAUCCAGUGGCAUCAUGGCGCUGCAAAUACUUGUGCCAUUUUUGCUAGCUGGUUUUGGAACGGUUUCAGCCGGCAUGGUUUUGGAUAUAGUCCAGCACUGGGAGGUGUUCAAAAAGGUAACAGAAGUUUUCAUUUUAGUUCCUGCACUUCUUGGUCUCAAAGGAAACUUGGAAAUGACAUUGGCAUCCAGAUUAUCCACUGCAGUAAAUAUCGGGAAGAUGGAUUCACCCAUUGAAAAGUGGAACCUAAUAAUUGGCAACUUGGCUUUAAAGCAGGUUCAGGCAACAGUGGUUGGUUUUCUAGCAGCUGUGGCAGCAAUUAUACUGGGCUGGAUUCCAGAGGGGAAAUACUAUCUUGACCAUUCCAUACUCUUGUGCUCUAGCAGUGUGGCAACUGCCUUCAUUGCAUCUCUUCUGCAGGGAAUAAUAAUGGUUGGGGUUAUUGUUGGUUCAAAGAAGACUGGCAUAAAUCCUGAUAAUGUUGCUACCCCCAUUGCUGCUAGUUUUGGUGACCUCAUAACUCUUGCCAUAUUAGCUUGGAUAAGUCAGGGUUUGUACUCCUGUCUGGACAGGUAUUACUACAUUUCUCCAUUAGUUGGUGUCUUUUUCUUGGCUCUAACUCCUAUCUGGAUUAUAAUAGCUGCCAAACAUCCAGCCACAAGGACAGUUCUCCACUCAGGCUGGGAGCCUGUCAUAACAGCUAUGGUUAUAAGUAGCAUUGGGGGCCUUAUUCUGGACACAACUGUAUCUGAUCCAAACUUGGUGGGGAUUGUUGUUUACACACCGGUUAUUAAUGGUAUUGGUGGUAAUUUGGUGGCCAUUCAGGCUAGCAGGAUUUCUACCUACCUCCACUUACAUAGCAUUCCUGGAGAAUUGCCUGAGGAACCCAAAGGUUGUUACUACCCAUUUAGAACUUUUUUUGGUCCAGGAGUGAAUAAUAAGUCUGCUCAAGUUUUACUGCUUUUAGUGAUUCCCGGACAUUUAAUUUUCCUCUACACUAUUCAUUUGAUGAAAAGUGGUCACACGUCCUUAACUGUCAUCUUCAUAGUAGUGUACUUAUUUGCUGCUGUGCUACAGGUGUUUACCUUGCUGUGGAUUGCUGACUGGAUGGUCCAUCACUUCUGGAGGAAAGGAAAGGACCCGGAUAGUUUCUCCAUCCCCUAUCUGACGGCAUUGGGUGAUCUGCUUGGAACAGCUUUGUUAGCCUUAAGUUUUCAUUUUCUUUGGCUUAUUGGCGACCGAGAUGGAGACGUUGGAGACUAAUAAGUCCUCAAACUGUUCUCAAGUUCCACGGAGGAAAACACAAGACAACCACUUAUGACUCUUUUUCAAAAAUCUUUAAUCAGUAGUUUGACUUCUACCAGGGUAGUCUUCAGUUGGCCCUGAUUCAAUUAAAUGGCCUUAAUAUUUUUUUAAGGAAUUUGUGUUAAAACCAGAAUCAACAGUAUUUGUGCUGCUUUUCAUAGAAUAAAUGAUAAUUUGACAUAGAUGUA